AGAAUAUGAAUUCCUGCAGUCACGAAAGCUUUAAGUCAAGAUUUGACUUUGUGCCAAUUGCGUACACAUCUGCCGUACAACACUGCCACCUCUUGGCUCAACACUGUCACGACACUUUUGAAUGUUGAGUUUAAAAUCCUAUUCAGAAUCAGAAUUAUUUCUAACUGGAGGAAUCCGAUGAGCUAUGCAGCUCAUCUUCACAGAUGUUCACUAUUUUUCACAGAUAUCCAGUAGUUUCGCAAAUGUCGAGUAGAUGUCCUAUCCGAGAUGUCUUAUUUGAUGUAUUACAGUUACAGGGAUGAUCUGGUUUUAGCUCGCUUCCCAGCUAUAUGUUGCACGGGAGAUCCGUGGGAACGUGAGCACAGCGCCAGCAGCAACACAAACAAAAGGCGACGAGAAAAAACGAUGAACAGUCCCCAAGUCGAGUACAAGAAGUCGCCGAGUGCAGGCUGCCCCGCGAGCAGCACCCCCGUGUGACGGACAGCGCGAGGAGCUCCCUGCGUUUCGCCUACGACGGCUCGAGAGACUCGUGCACGCUCGUGUGGGUCGCGGCGGAGGCGACGUUGACGAUGUUGACCACCGCCUCCGCUCCGCCGCGGGACAACGCGUCUCUCUUCACGUCGGACCGCGCGUGCAUGCGCAGCUGCUCGCGCAAGGGCUCCGUUCUCUACCCGACGGGAGCCGAGGUGUGCUUGCUGCCGAAGGACACGGGUUCCUGCAGGGCCCACUUCCGCCUGUGGUUCUUCAACGUGGAGCGGCGGCGCUGCGAGAACUUCACCUACGGUGGCUGCCGGGGCAACGGCAAUCGAUUCGUCGAGCAGAAGACGUGCGCCAACGUCUGCCAGCACCUCAUCGACCCUGAGAUCCAAGACAGAGCUGUUGGAGAUCGUGAUGACCAUUACAGAGAAGGUGCGGUAGCUGCGGCCGUGUUCGGCGCCCUGUUUGGCGUCACCGUCACCGUCAUCUUGGUCGUGUUUGCCAUAAAAAGAAAACGUAACGUCAAAACUAAGGUGUACUCAAGCCCUCACGACUAUGGACUCAAGGAGGAAUCGUUUUAAAGAUGAAAAAAAUUCUACGAAUUGUUUUCCUAAAAUGACGUACAUGAUGUAUGGGGGUUAUAUCGAGUGAUUGUCGUUGUAAUCGCAACGGAUCGAUGGGUUGCUAAAAUGCACUUGAGGAAGUUGGCAUGAAAAUUGUCCCCGAGGUGUUGAAUAAGCGUUAAAAAUGGAACGUGCGCAGUCAGUUUCGAGCUGGGAAGAUGAAUCGAUUAAGCUCAUUCAUCGACGAAUGAUUAUAAUCGACUGCUUUAUUUGCGGUCGAUUACCCGGGAUAUUUUAUACAUGACGGCCACCCAGACUUCCUGCCUGCCGAAGGCUGGAAACCCCAGACAAGCGACGGUCAGCGUGACAUGGCCAGUGAUGCCGAUAAGGUCACUAAGCCACGCCCGUCCCAUCACCUCUCAUUCCGGGAACAUGCGUGGGAACAGAGGUGAGACUUUUCUUACCAGAAAUAUGUUCGUGUGAUCAGAUUCGCCACUUAAUCAAACCGAUAAUUGGUAUAGAGUGUUUUAGACUCUGAGGCUUUCUUGGAUUAAGGGCGUCAUUAUUAUGCAGUAAUUUAAUUUACGUUGUGGGCACAAUAUUGCCAAUGUUCUUCUCUUUAGUGUCGCUGUACAUUUUGCCUAUGAAUUGUCCCAUUAGCUUUGCCAAGGUGGAGCACUUCAUCAUCAUCAUCAACAUUGUCGUCAGCCAUUAUCAAUCCACUGCUGGAUGAAGGCUUUUCCUUGUUGUCUCCAUCUCUCGGUCCUGUAAAGCACAAAUCCAUCCAGCACCUCCACACGAGCUGAUUUAAAUGCCGAGCAAAUGGCAACCGUGUUUUAAAAUAACUUUGGUUUUAAUCGUCCGAAGUCAUGGUCAACCCACUGCUGGAUGAAGGCCUCGAAGCUGCCGCCAUCUCUCCAACAGAAGUGCUCGGGCAACCUCAACCCACCGCGUCUGAACAUCCCAGCCUAAAUAAAUAGCAUUCGGGGAAAGAUAACGAUGGAUUUUCUGAGACAAUCUUCAUCUUCAGUACAGUGCUGUACUCCAUCGAUUGUUGAAUCUGUUUCAGGCGGCGAAUGCAACGUUAAAAAUUGCCAUGUUUUUUAGUCUCGAACUCUUUAGGGUUUGCCCGUAUUUUUCGAAAUAUCCAAUGCAAUUGUCAUUGUUUUACGUGCAGUCAAAUGUUGUCAUGAAAGUCAGCAGGGAGACUGAUUUUUUUACAAUAACAAAACGUAUUGUGACGUGUGUGUGUGUGACGUAUGUGUGACGUACAUGUGUGACGUGCGCGAGUGUGCGUGCUCUCUCCGUGUAUUGAUGUAAAACAUUUUAAGUCGGUUGAAAUCUGAGUCGCAAAUUUUUUUGUUUGUUGCCGCUGCUGGUUCGUAAUAAACCGACAAAGGCGUA